AUGAAAGAUGAGUUGAAUGCUCUUGAGCUGAACAAAAUUUGGCGUCUUGUUGAUUGCCCUACAGGGGUUAAGCCGGUUGGCUAUAAAUGGGUCUAUCGCAUCAAACGCAAGCCUGAUGGUUUAGUUGAUCGAUAUAAAACACGCCUUGUGGCUAAAGGGUUCACUCAAACUGAAGGUGUUGAUUUCUUGAAAACUUUCUCCCCUGUUGUCAAGUCUGCCACCAUCAGAUUAGUUUUGGCAUUAGCUUCUAUGAAGCGUUGGCCCAUACAUCAGUUGGAUGUCAAUAAUACUUUCUUACAUGGGGAUCUUUUUGAGGAUAUUUAUAUGACUCUGCCACCCAGAUUUACAUCUCAUCAACCGAAUCAAUGCUUCUAUGUUGACGAUAUUGUUCUCACUGGUAAUUCUAUUUCUGAACUUGCUGCCAUUAAAUCUAUUUUGCACCAACACUUCCAAAUUAAAGACUUGGGCCCAUUAAAAUAUUUUUUGGGUAUUGAAGUUGCUCAAUCAGAGAAGGGAAUUUGCUUAUCUCAAAGAAAAUAUUGUCUUGAUCUUUUGGAGGAUUCUGGUUUAUUAGGUGCUAAACCUGCCUCUGUUCCAAUGGAUAGUACCACAAGACUAUAUCAAGAUAAAAGUUUCCUACUAUCCGACCCUUUUGUAUAUCGCCGUUUGGUUGGCCAUCUUAUCUAUCUCACUACUACUCGACCGGACAUCAUGUAUGCCACUCAACAAUUAAGUCAAUUCAUGGCAUCUCCUACUGAAUCUCAUCUUCAAGUUGCCAAGCAUGUGUUACGAUAUGUGAAAACUAGUCCCGGCAAAGGACUUUUCUUUCCAAGGGAAUCAGAAAUUCAACUUCUUGGCUUCAGUGACUCUGAUUGGGCCGGAUGUCCUGACACUCGACGAUCUUUAACAGGUUAUUGUUUCUUCUUAGGCAGUUCUUUAGUCUCUUGGAAGACCAAGAAACAAACUACCGUUGCCCGCUCAUCCACGGAAGCAGAAUACCGUGCACUUGCCAACACAACUUGUAAACUUCAAUGGAUACUAAAUGUGUUACAAUUUUUACGCAUCUCUCCUAUCCGCCCACCAGUUUUAUAUUGUGAUAAUUAG